AUGUUCGCAUGGAAAAUACCUGAGAACAUGCCAAACUUGGCGGAUAGUGUCCGCAAAUUUUUGAACUGGAAUUGGCAUUCUUCGUCCCAGCAGAAUGAGCCGAAUCGGAGUGACGAGCGCUCUACGCAACCGUUACCUACGGAAACGUUGGAGAUGCCCGGGACAGCCACGCAUCCUGCUGGAAAGCCCUCACCGACUACUCCAGAGGGUCCACAUGGAUUGAAUUUGGUAAAUGGAUCGGAGCCAUUCAUUUCUACCCAGAAUUCCUCCUCUGCCAGCUGCCAUGUUGAAGCUAUGGAAUCCCUAUCCCAUCCCCAUGAGGACUCACCCAGUGUCAAUUCCCCCUUGAAUCCGUCUCAAAAUGAAACUAGUAAGGGCGCCAAUGCUGGUCUUUCACUUCUGGGCAGAUCUAAAGACCCACAGGAACACCAGACUGUGCCAGAUGGACCCGAUGCUGCGCACAUCGCUAAGAUAUUGAGCACCAACAAUAAAUUAUUAUCCCUGCAGAAUAAAGUUGCCUUUAAAAGAUCCGAGGUACAAGAGCUACGCACGGCUCUAAGGUUCAAGAGGGAGGAAGAGGCCGAUAUCAGAGCACAGUUUAUCAGACAUGUUACCGUGGCCCAAGGUACCCCGACAAGCAUUCAAUCCUUGCUUCAGAACAACGAGGCUCUUCUUUCCGCCACUGGUAUAUACUCGGAUAUGGAAGCAGAAUACAAUAAGGCAGAGAGUGAGCUGGAGCGGGAUGAGUACACGCUUAUCAGGGCUAUGGAAGACUUUGCCCGUUUAUCGCCUGGCCAUCAUUCUCUUCCGACGCCCAACGAGCCGUCCUUAAUUGAUCAUGAUAGUUUGAGUGACGUGAGGUCGACUACCAGCUCAGCCCCAGAGGAUCCGCCUGAUGUAGCGGAUUAUGUAUCCUGUGGAACUGACGGCCGUGACUUCGUAUACGAGCUUUAUCCAUCUGCUCCUCCCAAUCAGUCGGAGGAUCCUCUGAAGGCCUCCAUGGAAGAGGAUAUUUCUCCUUUUGACCCUAUCGAGGAGAAGGUCAGUCAGAAUAAAUUCGUCAACAAAUGGCUCCUUCACCGGCUUCGACAAUCAAGCGUUGAGAUUGGCCAUCUCAAGUCCCUGCCCGAGAUCAAAAGCCUAUGUGAUCAGGGUUACGAUGCGGAAAAGGUCAGUCAGCUGUCACUGAAACAAUGGUUUGAGGACGAGGCCACCGUAUCUCCCCCGCUACCACCAAUCACUAGUGAUAUGAGCGUUCAGGAGCCUGGAAGUGUUAGGGGUACGGCUUCCAGAAGCCAUUCGGUUUGA